AUGCCGGAUGUGUCGGCAAAGGUCAAACCUAAUGGUGAGAUCAGCCUUGACUUCCUCAUGCCAAAUGGCAUCCUCAUCCCCAUGUCUGUGGAUUUUUACUGCUCUACCUUUGAGAAGAUCAAGCAGGAUUUAUGGCUGGAAUCUGUUAAUUUUCCAUUAUACAAUCUGUUGAGGCAUUGUGACACUUACACAUUUCUCUUUGUGAACAGUCGAGGACAAAAAGAAGAAGUAUUAUCAGAAAGUCAAUCGCUUUCUGAGAUUAAACCUUCAGUAACAUUUUUGAAACUUAUAGAGAAAGAACCAAACAGUGAACGAUGUUAUUCUUUUGAUCGUCGAAUAACUUCACUUAUUGGAGCUCCAAUUGUGGAUUUAACAGAUUACCAAUCACUUGAAGUUUCAGAUUUCAAAUUAAGGAUUAAAUAUGAAACAGAAAAAAUUAUUCAGGAAAGAGAUCUAAUGGGCUGGGAAGAAAGAAUGCGUUAUCUUUAUCCAUUGCGACUGAUCAAUGAUCAGCUGUUAAAUAAAAUUUCACUUAAAUUGAAACAUGGCUCUGGUUGUAUUGAUGUUUGCAGAGAGCAAAAGUCAUUUAAAGAAAUUGUAGACAUGAACUCGACACCCAAAAGUUUGAUUAUCCACCUUUUAAAAAAAUUUAGCAAUUUGUGGAAACUUCCAGAUACUGACCCCUCAAACUUCAUGUUGAAAGUGAAAGGGUAUGAGGAGUACUUGUAUGGAGAUUAUUGUUUGUUACAUUUUAAGUAUAUUUAUGAAUGUCUGCAGAAAGAUAUUAUACCCAGCAUCUUUUUGGUCACUCGGUCAGAAAUUGUCAUACCAGCCCCUGUUGUUCCUCCACACAGAAGACUUGCUCCUCCAUUGUUAAGUCCUUCUCCCUCUCGGGUAGGAUCACAAAAAUCCUCCAUUUAUUCCUGGAAUAUUUCAAGCAAUGUGAAUAUUUUUGUCAAAUCUGUCAGUCAAGUGCAAACAACAGAAAGCAGAGUAAAGUUAGUAACUGGCUUGUACCAUGGACCAGACAUCUUGUGUGCUGCAGCUAAAACUGAGGAAACUCUUCUUUAUGAUCAAAGUUGUACGUGGAACAGCAAUCUAAAUUUUGAUCACCUCAUCAAAGAUUUACCAGAAAUGACAAGAGUUUGUUUCAUGUUAAUGGCUGUUGGUGGUGUCAAAAAGAAGCAAAAAGAUACCACGCCAUUAGCUUGGGUGAAUAUUUCAUUAUUUGACUUUCGGUCUCAGCUUCGCCAGGGAGAGUACGAAUUAUACAUGUGGUCAGUUACAGAGGAUGAGUCUAUUCCAGAAGAGGAAUCUUGUUUUCCCAUUGGAACAGUCACUCCUAAUCCAGCAGGCAAGAAUGCUACAACACUCACGAUAGGUUUUCCUAGUUACAAUGCAAAGGAGAAAAUCAUUUAUCCACCCAAAGAAGUUGUACUUGAAUGUGCUGCAAGAAACAUGGAACCAGAAGGAACGUUAGGUUCUCCAAUGUGGCGGUCAAACAAGAUUGUGAUGGAUCAGUUGUCUACCAUUCUUCAGCAGGGCCCAGUGAAUCAAAUGUUUGAACAAGAUAAAGAAUUAGUGUGGCGUUUACGACAUGAAGUACAGCAUCAUUACCCAGAAUCACUGGCUUUGUUGCUUUCAUCAGUCAAAUGGAGCAAUUAUAUUGACGUAGCCAAGUUGCAAGCUCUCCUUAUCAGUUGGCCACGACUCAACUGUGAACUUAGUUUGGCAUUGUUGGAUUUUACUUAUGCAGACAAAGCAGUAAGAGAAUUUGCAGUCAAUUGUCUUGAACAGUUACCAGAUGAUGAAGUGACCCAAUAUCUUUUGCAAUUAGUUCAAGUCCUCAAAUUUGAAAUGUAUUUGUAUUGUCCUCUGGUAAAAUUCCUGUUGACUCGAGCAUUGAGAAACAGGCGUUUUGGCCAUAAGCUCUUUUGGCUUCUCAAGUCUGAUAUGCAUGAUCGUCAGAUGAAUUUACGGUUCAGCCUGAUUCUUGAGGUUUAUUGCAAAUCUUCCCAAGAUCACACAACGGAUUUGAUCAAACAGAAUGAAGCACUUCUUAAGAUCGAUGCAGCCAAUAUGCUCAUCAAAAAUAGCACCCUUGCCCUUAAUGAUCGCAAAAACAAAGAAAACUUAAGUGCUGACCUUCGGAAAGUUCUUUGCCAGAAUGCCUAUUCUAUGGCAUUGAGCAAUUUACACAGUCCUUUGAAUCCACUGUGGAAUCUCAAGAAAUUAUUAGUGCAAAAGUGUAAAUUUUUGGAUUCCAAGAUGCGACCAUUAUGGCUGGUGUGGGAAAAUGAAGAACUGAAAGAAAAUGAAUGCCAUUUUAGCAUCAUUUACAAAAAUGGAGACGAUUUGCGUCAGGACAUGUUGAUUCUUCAAGUCAUUCAGAUUGUCGACUUCAUUUGGCAAGAAGAAGGCUUAGACUUACGAUUGAAUCCAUAUGGUUGUAUUUGCACGGGAAGAAAUACAGGCAUGAUUGAAGCUGUGGAUGCACAAACAAUUGCUAAUAUCCAGCGUAAAUUUGAUAAAGCUUCCAACCGGUGUGUCUAUGAAUGGCUCAAGGAAAUGAAUCCAAAGAAAGAAAAUUUGGACAAAGCUGUGGAGGAGUUUACGCUUUCUUGUGCUGGUUACAGUGUCAUUACUUAUGUCCUUGGUAUUUGUGAUCGACACAAUGACAAUAUUAUGAUAAAGAAAAAUGGACAGCUUUUCCAUAUUGACUUUGGACACAUACUGGGAAAUACUAAGAAAAAAUUUGGUGUUGUACGUGAUCGAGUGCCGUUUGUCUUAACAAAUCAUUUUGUGACAGUUAUCAAGAAUGGAGAAAAACCUAAUGAUAAUUUCCAAAGAUUUCAAGAAAUUUGUGAGAAGGCCUACAUGACUCUCCGAAGAAGAGGUACAAUCCUUAUUACAUUAUUCCGGCUAAUGAUUCAGUCAGGACUUCCAGAACUUUCCAGUGAAAAACAUGUGGAAUAUUUACAGAAGAGUUUGGCACUUGGUGUCAGUGAUGAAGAAGCUAUUCAACAAUUUAAUGCAAAAUUCAAAGAAUCCCUUAACAAAUGCUGGACAACGAGUCUUAACUGGUGGUUCCAUAUGAGAGUGGUGGAUAAUACAUAA